ACAAGUGACGUUUUCAAUUUGUGUUCGUGAAAUUCCUGAAAAUAAAAGGAAAAUAUUCACAAGAAUAAUAAUUUAUAAAGGAAUAUUUCCGUGAAAAGUGCCUCAGCCCAGAUAGACUAUCAUGGCGCCGAACACUACGGAUGUCAAUGGAGUGCUGUUUGAGAGUGACGCAGCUACCCCCGACCUGGCGCUCUCCAGGACUCCCGUACAGCAGGCCGACAGCUACCCGAGGAAGCUGGUGUGGAGAAACAUCAUAGCCUUCACAUAUCUACAUAUCGCCGGCUUGUAUGGUGGAUACCUCUUCUUGUUCUCUGCCAAAUGGCAGACAGCAGUGUUUGCAUUAAUUCUGUACAUAAUGUCCGGCUUGGGGAUAACAGCUGGUGCUCAUCGCUUGUGGGCUCACAAAUCCUACAAAGCCAAGUGGCCGCUCCGUCUUAUUCUUGUUUUCUUCAACACCAUGGCUUUUCAGGACUCUGCAAUAGACUGGGCUCGUGAUCAUCGCAUGCACCACAAGUACUCCGAGACUGACGCAGACCCACACAAUGCAACUCGAGGAUUCUUCUUCUCUCACAUUGGAUGGCUGCUGGUCCGCAAGCAUCCACAGAUCAAGGAGAAAGGCAAAGGACUGGACCUCAGUGACUUGUACGCUGAUCCCAUCCUCCGUUUCCAAAAGAAAUACUAUCUGCUGCUGAUGCCGCUGGUGUGCUUCGUGCUGCCGACGGUGGUGCCGGUGUGGGCGUGGGGCGAGUCGUGGCUGAACGCGUACUUCGUGGCGGCCAUGUUCCGCUACGCCGUCAUCCUGAACGUGACGUGGCUGGUGAACUCGGCCGCGCACAAGUGGGGCGACAAGCCCUACGACCGCCACAUCCAGCCCGCCGAGAACCUCAGCGUGGCGCUGUUCGCGCUCGGCGAGGGCUUCCACAACUACCACCACACCUUCCCCUGGGACUACAAGACCGCGGAGCUGGGCAACACGCGCAUCAACCUCACCACCGCCUUCAUCAACCUGUUCACCAAAAUCGGCUGGGCCUACGACCUGAAGACGGUGUCGGACGAGAUCGUCCGCAGCCGCGUGCAGCGCACCGGGGACGGGUCGCACGCGCUCUGGGGCUGGGGCGACGAGGACAUCGCCAAGGAGGACGUCACCAACGCCAUCCGCAUCAACCCCAAGGACGAGUGAACGCCGCCGACCCACAGCUACGAACAUUGAGUGUAUCUCAUCUCUGACAUCAUUAGAGUUACAUUUUAUUCGUUAUUACUAAUCUAUUUAGAUAUCGUUCUGCAGUGUAGCUCGACGCUACCUGCACUCUGUGUUAAGGAUAUAAUUGUAAUUUAAAAAUAUUCUAUUGAAUUUCUCUCGUUUAGCUUGGCAGUAAACGAAAUUAUAUUGAAGAGAAUUAUGGUAAUGUUACAAUGUUACAUUGAAAUAAUAAUAUUGAAUAUUUAUUGGCAAGCUGUAGUAUUAUAAGUGAGAUUCUGCUUCCAUCGAGCGAAUACGGUAGGUUACGGCGCAUCAGUAUUAUACCACGUAGUUACUUGUAGAUCGUUAUCGCAUUUGUAGGUAUUAGUAUUUCAGACAUCGUUGAACGAUUGCGAACAAAUGUGUCGAACGUGCCAGGUUUCAAAUGCACAUAGAAUGUAUUUCGUGUACAAAAAUGAUAUAGUUUUCUAUGUAACGAAACCACUCUAAAUGACAGAUUAUUAUUUUUAUAAAACUGUAUUUUUGCACAAU